AUGGGCCUAAGUCUAAAUUCUUCCAAAAAUUAUAACUUUUCUGCCCAUGUUUGUACAUGGCAAGGUGUGUUUUGUGAGGAAGACAGUGUUGUAAAGUUGGUGGCUUCUGGAUUGGGCUUAUCGGGUUUUAUACCUGAUACCUCCAUUGGCAAACUUAAAAAGCUUGAAUCAUUGGAUCUGAGCAACAACAAGAUCACUGGCUUUCCUUCAGAUUUUUGGAGUCUGGGUUCACUGAAAUUUCUCAAUUUGUCAAAUAAUCUGAUCUCUGGGGCCCUCCCAAAUAACAUAGGCAAUUUUGGUCUUCUUGAAACCUUGGACCUCUCUAUGAACAAUUUCUCUGGCGAAAUCCCAGACACCAUAAGCUCCCUCCUUAGUCUCCAAGUCCUUAAGUUAGACGGUAAUCACUUCGAAUCUAGCAUUCCUCUGGGGAUUUUGAAUUGCAGGUCCCUUGUUUCAAUUGAUCUCUCAUCAAAUCAGCUAAAUGGGUCUCUUCCUGAAGGUUUUGGUGUUGCAUUUCCUAAGCUCAAGUCAUUGAAUUUAGCCCAGAAUGGGAUUCGUGGCCAGGAUUCAGAUUUUUCGGGGAUGAUUUCCACCAAAUACCUUAACAUUUCUGGUAAUCGGUUUCAGGGUUCUGUUUUUGGUGUCUUUCAGGAGCCAUUGGAAGUCAUAGACUUGAGCAAAAACCAGUUUGAGGGGCACAUUUCGAAGGUACAGUUCAAUUCUAGCUUCAAUUGGUCUAAUUUGGUCUACUUAGACUUAUCCGAGAAUCAACUAAGUGGAGAUUUCUUUAGCAAUUUGAUUGAAGCCCAGAAUCUGAAACACCUUAAUCUAGCACAUAAUCAGUUUUACGAGCAUUAUUUCCCCGAAAUUAGAGUGAUCUCAGGUUUAGAGCAUCUGAACUUGUCAGAAACUGACCUUGUUGGUCAUAUUCCUGCUGAAAUUUCUGAACUGAGUUGUUUGAAAACAUUAGACCUUUCCAAGAACCGCCUCAGUGGUGAAGUUCCUAUUUUUAGUAUCAAAAGCCUCCUAGUUCUUGAUGUUUCUUACAACAAUUUGAGCGGGGAAAUCCCGGAUUCACUCUUGGAAAAGCUCCCGUGGAUGGAGAGGUUCAACUUCUCGUACAACAACUUAAGCCUUUGUGCCUCGGAAUUUUCACCACAAACCCUCCAGUCGGCCUUCAUAGGGUCGCUCAAUAGCUGCCCAAUCGCGGCAAACCCGGACCUCUUCCGAAAGAAGGCCCCGCAGUAUAGGGGUCUCAAGCUUGCUUUGGCUUUGGCUAUUUCUUUGGUCUGUUUGCUUGUGGGGUUACUCUUCUUAGCCUUCGGUUGCCGGAGAAAAACCCGAAUGUGGGCGGUGAAGCAGGACCCUUGCAAAGAAGAGCAGAAUAUUUCAGGGCCUUUCUCGUUCCAGACUGAUUCAACCACAUGGGUGGCUGAUGUCAAGCAUGCACCAUCCGUCCCGGUAGUUAUUUUUGAGAAGCCAUUGCUUAAUUUCACCUUCGCAGACCUGUUGUCGGCGACUUCACACUUUGACAGGGAUACCUUACUGGCCGAGGGUAGAUUUGGGCCGGUCUACAGAGGAUUUCUGACUGGCGGUAUUCAUGUAGCCGUUAAAGUCUUGGUACAUGGGUCAACCCUGACCGAGCAAGAGGCUGCAAGAGAACUCGAGCUUCUUGGCCGAAUCAAGCACCCAAAUCUUCUCCCUUUGACCGGAUAUUGCCUAGCUGGUGACCAAAGGAUUGCCAUUUAUGACUAUAUGGAGAAUGGGAACUUGCAGAACUUGCUUCAUGACUUGCCUCUCGGGGUUCAAAGGACCGAGGAUUGGAGCACAGAUACGUGGGAGGAAGAUGAUCGCGAAGGGAUAAGAAAUGUCAAGUCCGACGGUUCGGUAACAACAUGGAGGUUUAGGCACAAGAUUGCACUUGGCACUGCCCGAGCGCUGGCAUUUCUCCACCACGGAUGCUCACCCCCUAUAAUUCAUCGGGAUGUCAAGGCUAGCAGUGUUUAUCUUGAUUCUAAUUUGGAGCCUAGGUUGUCUGAUUUUGGACUUGCCAAGGUUUUUGGGAAUGACCCCCGGGAUGACAUCAUGCAUGGGUCACCAGGGUAUGUGCCACCGGAGUUUCUCCAGCCAGAGGUUACUACUCCCACGCCGAAGUCCGAUGUCUAUGGAUUCGGAGUGGUUCUAUUUGAGCUCAUUACGGGGAAGAAGCCCAUUGAAGAUGACUACCCGGAUGAGAGAGAAAGGAAUUUGGUCGCUUGGGUGAGAGGACUAGUGAGGAAGAACCAGGGAUCUAAGGCUAUCGAUCCAAAAAUUCGUGGGACAGGGCAGGAGUCACAAAUGGAGGAAGCCCUAAAAAUUGGGUAUCUUUGCACGGCAGAUCUUCCCUCAAAGCGACCGAGUAUGCAGCAGGUUGUUGGUCUUCUCAAGGACAUUGAACCAGACACGAACCAAUGA